AUGGAGAAUAAAAAAUCAUUUCUAGCUUUGUUCCUUGAAGAGGAAGAAGAUGACGAUUUGGUAUUGCUAACAUUAGAUGACAGAGGUGAAAUAAGUGGUUUAUUAAAAAGAAAAAGAGUCAAAGGCACCUUUAAUGUUUUAAUUGAAAAUCAUUUAAAAGCUAAUGACCAAAAGUUUAAAGAAUAUUUUAGAUUAAAUAAAAUGCAAUUCCAGCAAGUUCUUAAUAUCAUUAGGCCUGAAAUAGAAACGCCGCCAAAUAGGUUUGUGCAGCAACCAAUAAGUGCAUAUGAAAAACUAGCUGUGACUCUUAGACUAAAGCAGGAGUUGGGAAGGGAGUUUCUUGAAGUUGGCUGUAGUGUCCAUGUUUUAAAAAACUGUCUUCAGUGUGCAGCAGACAAUUUACCAUUUGAUCUAAAAGUUAUUGUUGUAAAAAUAUAUGGAUAUUUUUACAUUUAUACAGUUCGUGUUAAUAAACUGAAAGAAUUCUGUGACUUUGUGGAAGUGGAAUAUGAAAAGUCCCAAGAAAAGGUGCCGCAAAUAAUUUUUGAUUUUUUUCAAUGGAAACAGCAGAAGCCUGGCAUUCACGCCCAAUCUUCCAUGUUCCAUCGUGCAAUAUUAAAAAUUGAGGGCAACAACAUCAGCUUAAUGGAAGUAAUGAAGGUGAUUUUAGAGUUGCAAACAAAACUUGAAGAAAGACUACGUGAAGUUUACAUUCCUUUGGCUGUGCGAAAUAUCCUGACAAAACUUGAGGAGCAAGGUCAUGAGUGUAUGAUGGACUUUAAGAAAGUCGCUAGCAACUUUUAA